CGAAACGGACACAUACUGAGUGGCAGGCUUCAUCCGCCAACGUUAACGUUACCUAGCUAGCAAACUUCGCAUGCUGGCAGAGCUAGCCAGAGUUCUUACCUUGUCGUUUGUCAUGAAGAUGAUGAGAUGUUGGACUCUUCAACAACAACUUGAUGAAAUGACAGGCCAAACUCAGUUACUUCCAUCUCAUUGCAAUAGUUUGCAGGCCAGUCGGUCUACUCACCAUGCACGAGCUAGUAGCGGCCAGUUGGCUAACUUGCUUGUAGUUAGCUGGUCUCGGUAACGUUAGUUUAGUUUGUCAACAAGAGAAGAUGAGAAGCUAGUUAACGGUAGCCACUCCACUUUGCUAACAAACGAGAAGUUACGCAGCCAACGCCGAAGUAACUCUUAACUACACGAAUUAUAGCUUACCUCAAAUCGUAAUGUAAACUCGCGGUACCACCAUAUGUGGCAUUUGUUUUCUCAUUAAAACACAAUCGCAGUGGUUAAAGAUAGUUCAGUCGUUUGACAGCUCUGCUACGCAGUGUUGACUGGCUCCCCUAAGAGCCAAUUUAUGCUUGAUCCGAAAAUGUGGUCGGAGGCCAUAUGGAUGGUGUGACGCAAUUUUGCGGAGUACCCAGAGACACACAGAAGCACAUAUUGAGCUCUGUGCCGCAUCGCUGUGCGCCUCUUAAAUGUUUUAACAUUGUGGAUGGGUCCGCAUUGACAUGAUUGGUUGACGGUCGGUGAAGGCGGGAGGUCCUGUACAACCUAAACAUAAACUCACUUUCUUGACAACUUCCUUCACAACAGCUCUGCGCUUAUCUGCGAAGCGCAAGAGGUAUGAAUGACCAUAUCACCGUAAUGCUGCACGGUCAGUGCAGACAGCCGAUUGACCAUGUACCGCCUUUAACACGCCCACUAAAACUGCGAUCCCCUUUUUCACGUCCAGAUUGACAGCUGAGGCUUCCAUUCAGGGACAAGAAUGCAACACACUAAUGUUUUUGUUUUUGAUGGGGUGUGUGUAAUGUACAAUAUUUGACUGUGUUAACUCGAAUAUUGAUGGUAGUUUGAACGUAUAUAAUAAUUUCACCAGCUGUGAAUACUAAUUUACCUCUACUAUGCAUUGACUCUAGAAGUCUACAGUUAUUUCACAUUUCACACUACUAAUUUACAACACUCAUCACAUAAUGUGGUACAGGGUACACCUCUAAAUAUAUUUUGGUCAAACGAAAUCAAUUGUUAUUCCACAGAUUGCAUAAUGUUGUCAAAUAAUUCCCAUGUUAUUCUGAGUGAAAUAUUCGAUUCGUUUUCUACUGUAGCUUGAAAACUCAAAUAUGGACAUUGGCUGUCAUCUCGUGGAGGAACAUGGAACUGAAUGUAUAGGGAAGGGAAAACGAACCAAUCAGAAACAAUGAACGAACAACUCUUGACUUCCGUAGCGACUAGCGAACCUGCGAGAACGUUGAGGUUCAGCGCAUCAGCCAAAUGAAUCGUAUAGCAAAAGGGCUCAUUGUUCUGUAAUAUAAUCGGCUACAGAAUGGAAGAUGAUGGCAUGGACUAUAACAUUGUGUUUCCAGAUGCAUUGAUCUCGGAAAGACACUGGCAUGGAACAAAGGAACCAGUUGUCAUACUGCUGGGAUGGGCUGGUUGCAGAGACAAACAUCUUGCCAAGUACAGCUCCAUUUAUAACGAACAGGGUUGUGUCACUAUUUGCUAUACUGCGCCCUUGAAGACAGUAUUCGUCUCUGAAUCAUUUGGCUACAAGGAGCUGAGUAAUACUGCCCACAAACUACUUGAGAUACUCUAUGAUUACGAGGUGGAAAACAGCCCUAUAUUUUUCCACGUGUUCAGCAAUGGGGGAUUCAUGCUGUACCGCUACAUUGUUGAGCUCUUGCACAGUCAUAAACAGUUCAGUACCCUAUGUAUAGUUGGGACUGUGGUGGACAGUGCCCCAGGCAGUGGAAAUGUGAGGGGGGCAUUACGGGCUCUUACAGCCACUCUGGGACCCAAAAUCAAUGUGAUGUUGAGGUGUGUUCUCUUGGCACUGUUUGCUGUAACUGUUUUCCUGCUUAGGGUGGUUCUGUACCCCAUAACCAAGUACAUCCACAAGAACCACUACGAUGCCAUCCGGGAGCACCCUCCUACCUGGCCCCAGCUGUACCUGUACUCCAGAGCUGAUCGAGUGAUUCGGUACAGUGAUGUUGAGCUCAUGGUCAAGACUCUAAAGGAGAAAGGGGUGUCUGUGGAAAGUUUUGACUUCAAAACCCCUGCCCACGUGAGCCAUUUCCGUGACUUUCCAGAGGAGUACUCCAAGAGAUGCCUGGAUUUCCUGACCAACUGCAUGAAGGAUUCAACAGUGCAAAUAAAAAAGCGACACUUGAUCCAGCAUUGAAAGCACACUAAUUAAUGUUUCUCAAAAGUCUGUGGCACUUUUUUUUGUGUGAUUCUACUGUAAUGUUACACAUGUAUAAAUAUGUACUUGGAAAUCUGCAGCUCCACUGCACAUCUUAUUUCAAAUGCUUAAGUUUUAAGAGUUGAAGACAAUUAAGCAAAAAUAGACAAGUGAUAACCAAAGUGCCAGUGCUGUGAAUUUUGAUUGGUACUAUUUGUGAAUCUUUAAUCCAGUGGUUGAUAUUUCAAAAGAAUGUGAUUGACUAAGAAUGUAUGUACUUACUAAACACGUGUUUAACUAUUGUGCCUUCUAUAAAUUAAAGAAGCGUUAUGUCAACA